GAUGGAUUUGACUUGGAGAAGUAUGUCUUUUAGGAGUUUAUGGGCGAAGAGGAAGUCAAUAUUACGGGAAUUUGUUUGAAUAAUAGUAGAGUUUAUAAGAAAGGGAGAGAGGUGCCUGAAUUGGGAGUCAUGAAAGAGCAGCAGCAAGAGAAUGAAAAGGGAGCGGACGGAGACAAGGACACGACGGCGACAUGUCAAAGCGAGAGCGAGAGAGAGUUCUGGGAAUAUAAAGGAGCCUUGAUCUGCAUUGAGGGUGAAGAGCUUCUCCCUUGGGAUGACGAGAACCAUUCUGAAGACAGUGCUGUACCAUUACCAGUCUUCGACGCAACAAACGAGAAACCUUUUGCAUCACAGCCAGUCACACAAGGCUCGAGAGAAUUUUCGUGUAAGAAGAGAAAGCGAGUUAAGGAAGAUGACGAGGGUGGUGAGGAGUACGAGCGGUCAUGUAAACGACGAAAGUGAUGUAGUAUCAUGUUUGGACACAUCAAGAGGAAUGAGCGAUGUACUAUAUGGCUGUGGGAUAGCGUACAAGGAAAUGGGUUUAUGAAGUGUGAUGGAGGGCUGAUUUGAGAGGUUGAUGUCCUGCCAAGAGUGGGGGCAUUAGUUCACCGAGUGAGUCAAUUGGCC